AUGCCUCCAAAGCAACAGUUGUCCAAGGCUCAAAAGGCUGCCGCCGCUAUGGCCGGUGGUAAGAAGUCCAAGAAGAAGUGGUCAAAGAAGUCCCACAAGGACAAGGCCCAACACGCUGUCAUCUUUGACCAAGACAAAUACGACAGAAUGAUGAAGGACGUUCCAAGUUACAGAUACGUCUCCGUCUCUGUUCUUGUUGACAGAUUAAAGGUUGGUGGUUCUUUGGCUCGUGUUGCUUUGAGACAUUUGGAAAGCGAAGGUGUUAUCAAGCCAGUCUCCAAGCACUCCAAGCAAGCUAUCUACACUAGAGCUACCGCUGAAUAA